AUGAAAACCCUCCCACUAAUUCUCUGUUGCAUCCUCAUCAAUUCGCUGCUUCCCACCCAAUCCGCCGUCCAAAACCACCAAAACCCACCUCCCCCAACCAGCAGCAUCAUCUUCACCACGCUCGGCCGAUCCAGCUACGCCUUCGACCUCUUCACUCUCCCCACGCGCCACCGCACCCCGCCGUCCCCUUCCUCUGAGCUCCGCCUCACCGAUGGCGCCUCCGUCAACUUCAACGGCCACUUCGCCUCCCCAUCUCCCGCUCUCCUCUCUCUCUCCCCCCAACCAUCUCCCAUCCAACAACCCUUUUCCACCCCCGCGGCGGCGGAGGAAACGGAGCCGGAGUUUCAUCUCGUCUACGUCUCGGAGAGGAACGGAUCCUGCAACAUCUACUACGACGCCAUUGCUUUCGAUUCUCAGCCGCAGGAAAGCUCCUCCAGAUCGAGGUCCGCUAUGGAGAUCGCGCCACGUGUCCAGCUGCCUCUAAUCCACGGUCACGAUGGGCUCUCCCUGAAGGAUAGGCCCACAGUGGUUGGAGAUAAGCUGGUAUACGUGUCAACCCACGAGAAGUCCGCCGAGCCCAGGACGAGUUGGGCCGCCGUCUACUCAACCGAUUUGAAAACCGGGUCGACUCGGAGACUCACCCCAAUUGGAAUCGCCGAUUUCAGCCCCGCCGUGUCUCCCUCCGGAUUUCUCACCGCCGUAGCUUCCUACGGCGAGAAUGGGUGGAACGGCGAGGUGGAGGAACUCUCCACCGAUAUCUACGUCUUCCUGACUCGGGACGGGUCGGAGCGGGUCAAAAUCGUCGAACACGGCGGGUGGCCGAGUUGGGUCGACGAUUCGACCCUGUUCUUCCACAGGAAGAGCGAGGAAGACGGGUGGAUCAGCGUGUACAAGGCGAUUCUACCGAAUUCGGGGCCGAUCUCGACCGAUUCGGUGACCGUCACCCGAAUCACCCCGCCGGGAAUCCACGCGUUCACUCCGGCGACUUCCCCGGGCAACACCGAUUUCAUCGCCGUCGCCACGAGGAGACCCACCUCGAGCUACCGCCACAUAGAGCUCUUCGACCUUGUCAAUAACGAGUUCACCGAGUUGACCCGCUUCGUGUCCCCUCAAACCCACCAUCUCAACCCGUUCCUCUCGCCCGACUCGGGUCGGGUCGGGUACCACAGGUGCAGAGGCCAAUCCAACUCCGGCGACCCCCACUUGCUGCUGGAGAGUCUUCACAGCCCGCGACCGGACGUCUCGCUGUUCAGAAUCGACGGAUCCUAUCCCGUCUUCUCCCCGGCCGGCGACCGGAUCGCCUACGUCGAAAUGCCCGGUGUGUACGUGGUGAACCGGGACGGUUCGAACCGGCGUCGGGUUUUUCCAGGAAUGGCUUUCACGACCGAGUGGGACCCGGUUCGCCCGGGGAUCGUGUACACUGCAGCCGGACCUACUUUCGCCCCGGUGAGCUCGGAGGUGGACAUCAUCUCCAUCAACGUUGACCACGCUGACGUGGACAAUAACGUCAAAAAAUUGACCACCAACGGCAUCAACAACGCUUUCCCCUCACUCUCACCGGACGGAAAAUGGAUCGUGUUCCGAUCGGGUUUAUCGGGUCAGAAGAAUCUCUACAUAAUGGACGCCGAGAAGGGCGAGGCCGGCGACGGCGGGCUCCGGAAAUUGACGGAGGGUCCAUGGACGGACACGAUGUGUAAAUGGUCGCCGGACGGCGAGUGGAUUGCCUUCUCCUCCGAUCGGCACGACCCGGGUAGCGGCAGCUUCGCGAUCUACUUGAUCCACCCGAAUGGUACAGGGUUGAGGAAGCUGAUUCAAAGCGGCGCCGGCGGGCGGUGCAACCACCCUUAUUUCAGCCCGGAUUCAAAGAGUAUAGUGUUUACCACUGACUACGCCGGAAUAUCAGCCGAGCCGAUCUCAAACCCGCAUCACUACCAGCCGUACGGUGAUAUCUUCACGAUCAAAUUGGACGGAUCGGAGUUGACGAGGUGGACGCAGAAUUCAUACGAGGAUGGGACGCCGGCGUGGGGGCAAAUGUACAUGGAGCCAAGUGAUGUGAAGUGGCCGAAUUAUGGACCAGGUUGCUCGUUUGAGGAUUGCUAUUUUCUGGACGAGAUCCCAACUUCUGGUGGCCGGGAUAGAAAUCUGAAAACUUCUGGCAGGCCUCGCUGUUGA